AUGAAGGUCUCACACGAUGUCACAAGCUCACGCAGGAAGCAGAGGAAGCAGCACUUCGCAGCUCCCUCCUCAGAGCGCAGAAUCAGGAUGAGCGCACCCCUCUCCAAGGAAAUGCGCACAAAGUUUGCUGUCAAGUCCCUCCCUAUCCGCAUCAACGACGAGGUCAAGGUCACACGCGGAUCACACAAGGGCAAGGAGGGCAAGGUUGUUUCUGUCUACCGCAAGAAGUACGUGAUUCACAUUGAGCGCGUCACAAGGGAGAAGGUCAACGGUGCAUCCGUCCCAGUCGGUGUCGAUGCCUCCAAGGUCGAGAUCACCAAUGUUGCGACAAACAAGGACCGCAGCGAUUUGAUUGUCCGCAAGGGUGGCAAGGCCGAGAAGUAA